ACUCACCACAAAUCCACCGCACUAUUCUGCUAUCCAUCUCUUCUUCUUCUUCUUCCUAUAUAUAUAUUUCCCUCCAUCCUCCAUUUUCUCUCUCUAAAACUUCUUAAGCUUUCUCUCUCUACAUUUUUCUCUUACUAUAUCAUGGAAGCAGCAACAACAAUUCUACCUGAUAUCGGAACGGAGAUUCUGAUACCUGUAUGUGCGGUUAUAGGUAUCGGAUUCGCGCUAAUACAAUGGGUACUUGUUGCGAAAGUUAAGGUUAACGGGAAGUCGUCGAGUGUUGGUGGUGGUGUUGAUGGAAAAAAUGGAUAUGCAGAAUCACUUAUUGAAGAAGAAGAAGGGAUUAAUGAUCAUAGUGUUGUUCAUAGAUGUGCUGAAAUUCAAAAUGCUAUUUCUGAAGGU